AUGGCCUGCGCCUUGGUCGAAAUGUAUUCGGCCAAAAAGAGAGGUGGGUUGCUCAUGGUCACAGACUGUUAGAGGAAAGGGGGGGGGGCGGAAUGUUAAAGAGGCCGCAUUUAAUUUGCAUUUGUUUGUAAAGAAAGUUAAUGCGCUUUGUUAGGGAGUUUUUUAAAUUUUUUAAUGAUUUUUUGGGUCUGGAAAGAAAGUUUUUGCAAUUUUUGGUUGUGGAAGGAAAGUUUUUGUUAUUUUGUGCACUGUAAAGAAAGUUUUUGUCAUUUUUUAGUUUGUAAAGAAAGUUUUUCCCAUUUUUAGUUUGUAAAGAAAGUUUUUGUCAUUUUUUGUUCUGUAAAGAAAGUUCUUGCCAUUUUUGUUUUGUAAAGAAAGUUCUUGCUAUUUUAUGUUUUGUAAAGAAAGUUCUUGCCAUUUUUUGUUUUGUUAAGGAAGUUUUUGCUCUUUCUGCUAGUUUUAUAACAACGAUAAGGGAAAUGUCGUAUUUUACCACGUAAAUGCUUUCAGAAUACCCAGGAGGGGGCUAUUCGUUACCUCCAGAAGGCUUCGAAUCCAUAGUUUUGGAGCUGCGAGAGAAGUUCAACGUCGGACCGAGUGAAAUCGACCAGCAAACGCUAAAGAAGAAGUUGUCUAACAUACGAACGAGGGUCAGGAAUCGAUGCAAGGACCUAGCGUGAGUUAUAUCUUCUCAUUUUAAUUUUAGUAGGCUUAGGCUUAGGCUUAGUAGGCUUAGGCUUAGUAGGCUUAGGCUUAGUAGGCUUAGGCUUAGUAGGCUUAGGCUUAGUAGGCUUAGGCUUAGUAGGCUUAGGCUUAGUAGGCUUAGGCUUAGUAGGCUUAGGCUUAGUAGGCUUAGGCUUAGUAGGCUUAGGCUUAGUAGGCUUAGGCUUAGUAGGCUUAGGCUUAGUAGGCUUAGGCUUAGUAGGCUUAGUAGGCUUAGGCUUAGUAGGCUUAGGCUUAGUAGGCUUAGGCUUAGUAGGCUUAGGCUUAGUAGGCUUAGGCUUAGUAGGCUUAGGCUUAGUAGGCUUAGGCUUAGUAGGCUUAGGCUUAGUAGGCUUAGGCUUAGGCUUAGUAGGCUUAGGCUUAGUAGGCUUAGGCUUAGUAGGCUUAGGCUUAGUAGGCUUAGGCUUAGUAGGCUUAGGCUUAGUAGGCUUAGGCUUAGUAGGCUUAGGCUUAGUAGGCUUAGGCUUAGUAGGCUUAGGCUUAGUAGGCUUAGGCUUAGGCUUAGUAGGCUUAGAUUUAGUAGGCUUAGGCUUAGUAAGCUUAGGCUUAGUAGGCUUAGGCUUAGUAGGCUUAGGCUUAGUAGGCUUAGGCUUAAAGACUCGUAUUUUAGAGCCGACGCCGACCUGACAGUCCUAAACCUAACCCCAUCCGAACAGAUUUACUAUCGAUAUUUUGGGUGUCCGAAUGCUUUGGAUAACAAUAACAGAUCAGGCGAUGGAGAAGGGAUAAGUCCUGUGCCGAAUGGCAUUGACGAUCAUCGACCGGUCAAUGGAAUUCAGAGUGAUGUAAGAGUUUUUUUUUGAAAAUAAAUUUGUAUAGGUCUUUGUCAAGAUGAAUAUUUAGGAAUAUUUGGCCAAGGUGGCGUAGAUUGGAUUAGUAGGCUUAGACUUAAUAGAGGAUACUUAGAUUAUGCAAAAAAUGAGUUUUUAAUUAAUUUUUUGCUUUUGCACUGUGCAAAGUAUAUUUUUUUACGUUUUUGCACAUUGCAAAAUACUUUUUUCUUUGCACCGUGCAAUGUGAAGCGUCUUUUUUCUUCGAUCUUUCUGACUGCACAGUGAAAACUACUUUUUUCGUUUGCACCGUGCAAGGCAAAGCGGCUUUUUCCUUUGAUCGUUUGGUCUGCACAGUGCAGCCUUUUUUAACUGAUUGCACGGUGCAAAAGUAAAUUUAUGAGAUUGCACAGUGCAAAAACGUGUCUACUAGGCUUAGGCAUGUUAGACUGUGGUUUAGUAGGAUUACGUUUAGUAGGCUUAGGCUGACUAGGCUUAGGCAUAAGUAAAGCUAGGCUUAGGAGUAGGGUUAUGCGAAAUUUUUUUUAAAGCAGAAGCUUAUUAUUUUUUUUGAAGAUUGAUAAAUUAGGUAACAUUUUACAAUUUUUUAAUAUUUUUUAAAGUUUUUACUAAAAAUUUUUUUCUUUUUUGUUACCUAAAACAUUUUCAGUUCUCCACCCCCAACGAUCUGCCGCGAGAAGCGUUGGUGAUGCUGAUGCGAGCGUACGGUGAGCACCUCCACCUCUUCACGGAACAGAGCAUCCAGAUCAAAGACAUUGAUCGUCAGCGUGACCAGUUAUUCCAAAAUCUGGCCGAACUGCUCCUGCGCGAGUUUAAGAUCCAAUGGUCGACGACGCAGGUGCAGGACAAGAUCGACGAGGUGGCGCGGUCACUGGGCCGCAAGAUCGACGACUGUCGGCGGAUGGCGCCCGGAGCGGCGGACAACAGCAACCUGAUCCUGAAGCCGCACGAUCUCACCGAAGCCGAGGCCGAACUGUUCGACGCCCAGUACCAGGAGCGAUCACCCCCCAAGGAAAUACCCAGCAGCUCGGCCUCAGGCCUCCAUAUUCCGGCUAGUGGUGCGGAUGGACUAGCAGGUCAUCGUGCUCUGACUUCUGACCAGAAUCUGAUGGGCAACGACUUCUACCAAAUCAUCGUACCUCCCAACGGCAUCAACGUCGAGGCAUCGAUACCCAACUCAAUGUCAAAUCCAAUGUCCAACUCCAUCCCGAACUCACUAUCAAACCCCCUAUUAUAUAAUGGCAUCACCACACCCCUCCACGUCUCACACGAAGUUACAGUACCCCACAGCCUACAGAAAUCGAAGCUAAGUCCCAAAAAACCACAGAAACGCCAAGGCACGGCACAUUCAGAAGCAGAGGAGAAGAGGUCGCGGAACAUGACCGACGCCGAGAUCCUAACGUUGGAGAAGCAGCGAACGUUAGUGGCGGAGAGAACGCUGGCCGAAGAGAGUCUAGUGCUGGUGAGGAAACAACUAGGCUUGUUGGAACGACAGGAAGAGUAUUAUAGGGUAGGUAGUGUUGAAGUUAGAGAAGUUUUGGUGGGCGGGGUAGAAGUUUAAAAAAGAUUUUGGGGGGCGGGGUAAAAUUUCAAAAUAAGGUUUUGUUGUGCUAGAAAAAAGUAAAACAAAAAAAAUUUUGGUGGGCGGGGUAAAAAAAUUUGGUGGGCGGGGUAAAAGUGAACAAAAAGGUUUUGUUGGGUUAGAAAAAGUAAAACAAAAAAAAUUUUUGGUGGGCGGGGUAAAAAAAGAACGACUUUUUUUGGGCGGGGUAAAAGUUAGGGAGUUCUUUUUUGAUUUUUUUUUGUUGUAAAAUACGACCGGGUCCACAAUACCACUGUUUUUAUUUUAUUUUAUUACACGAUUUUAAAAUUUUUUAACUUUAUGGACUCUGCAGGGUGCGGUUGACAUGUUAUACGAUGAAAUAUAUUUUUGGGCUGUUUUGCCUAAACAAUUGAAUAAAAAUGAAUAGUUUAGGUAGAAAAAUGAUAAACAUGAUAAUUUUAAGCUAUUCAUAGAAAAUUUUUUUUUGUUUUAUUACUAAUGCCAUUCCUUUUUAGACCUGGACGGAUAUCGGGAAAUCGUUGCGCGGCUUCCUACGGUUAUGA